CUGCGCUCUCACGCCGGGGCAACAAAUCUUUAGUUGUUUUAACCUGACUUCUCGCGAAUAAACCCAAAAACAUCGGCUCUGCAGGUAUUUUGACCCUCAAAGAAUGGCAGAAUUCGCCUCGUACGCAGCUCUGAUCGAGAAUUCCGAGCCGGACAACGCAGACUCGGGACUGAAAAUUGAAAUAAAUGGAGCUGCUGACGGAGACCUGUGGUUCGUGGAGUACCUGAAAAACAACGCAAGCAAGGAGCUGCUGCAGAGCGAAAAGUGCAAAGAAAUAUUAAAUUCCAUCCUUUUCGAGGAAGGUCGCAGCGUCCAGGCGGUCGUCACGAGCUUUUUCUGCCAAAAAUUAGUGAAAGAAAACACUCUACAAAACGAGCUGGAGGUUCUCGCGAUCGGAAUCGCUGCCGUCCGGUACUUCAUCGAGCUGAACUGGACCGGUCCGAAGGUUUCGGACGCCGAAGACGCGUGGCUUCAUGACCGAAAAUCGGAAAUCCGGUCCGAGAUGGAGCUGGACGCGGAAAACCUCAGCCCUCUGGUCGAGGGAACGCAGUGGCUGCUCGUCGCCCGGGCAAUUCUGCUCCUUAACACAGAAAAUUUCCAAUUCCUCAAGGUAUUUUCGCACUGGUGGGGCGUGCGCUCCUUGUACGCGCACCAAAGCGUGCUGGAAGACCUCUCGACGCAGCUGCACUCGACCCUGGAGCAGCUGACGGCCUCCCUGGCCGCCUCUGCGCCCUGGCUGGCCGCCUGCCACGAUCUCGAACCUGAAUCCAAAACGGUCCUCGAAGAAAUCUUUCCGGAGCUGAAGAAUGCGGAUCUGAGGGAGAUGCGAACCUUGUUUUGGGUGGAGGUCGCGCAGCUGCGACUCCUCUACGGACAGGUCCACCGGGCCAGGCUCUGUCUCGAGCAGGCCCUCGACGCUGGACACUUCCAGAUGUCCCUCGCAGGUGCCCUGGGUAAAAGGACGCAUUUCCAGGAGAAAGAGGUGGCGCAGCUGACGUUGAAAAUCGAGAAGAACUCUUUUUUCGAGGGGAACACCAACAGCGUCGGUCUGCCUACAGAUGCCAAGGAAAUUCUUCCCACGGAUUUGAGGCUGGACGACGACCUGAGGCUGCCCCAGAUCCACUUCAGUGUCGAGAACGAGGGCAGAUUCCCCAAAUUGACUCCUGUCGAACAGUGUGUCGUCUUGGCCUCUUACUUUCACGUGGUGAAGUCGCAACCAAAAGACGCACUCGCUGAAGAAGAAGUGAUGCCUUAUUUAAAUUGCGUGCUGUCGAAUCCGCUAAUCUGGUCGGUGCAGUUGACGGCCCUGCUGGCGCGCAGCAAACUCGAAGGCUCCAGCCGACGCACCAUCGAGCGCUCCAUGACCCAAGCUCAGCUGCUGGCCGACAGCAUUUUCAAGAAGCUGCCGGCCGCGGCCGUCCGAGCGCAGUAUCUCUUCGCAUCUCGCCUUCCUCCCCACUGGAAGAUUCAGGCGGAGUUGGCGAAUCUGCUCAUCAGUUUGGGCGCCGUCAACAGUGCGCUGGAGAUUUUCCUCCGGCUGCAGCAGUGGGACGACGUCGUCGCCUGCUACCAUUUGUUGGAAUUGCGCCAUAAGGCUGCUGAGGUGAUCAAGGCUGAGCUGGAAAAGAAAGAGAGCGUGAAGCUGUACUGCAUGCUCGGCGACGCCACCGACGACGCCUCCUGCUACGAGAAGGCGUGGCUCUUGUCCGGGCAAAGAAGCGCCAAGGCGCAGCGCCACUGGGGAUUCUACUUCUACCACAGAAAAGACUACGAUCAGGGCAUUUCGCACCUGGAAAAAUCGGUGGAGCUGAAUUCGCUGCAGCCGACGGUGAUGAGCAGGCUGGCGUUCAUGUACAUGGACAAGGAGGACUGGCACAACUGCGCCAGGGUCUACAGGAGCUUGUGCACCUUGGACGGAGAGAAUUUUGAAGCGUGGAACAAUUUGGCGAAAGCGUACGUGAAGCUCGGCGAGAAGGCGCGAGCGUGGAAGGUGCUGCAGGAGUCUAUAAAGUGCAACUACGAGAACUGGCAGGUCUGGGACAACAUCAUGGUCGUCAGCAUCGACUGCGCAGAGUAUCAAGAGGCGAUCAGGGCGUACCACCGGCUGCUCGACCUGAGGGGCAGCCACGUUGACACUGAGGUCUUGGGCAUCGUGGUGCAGGCGGUGAACGACGACCUGCCGGACAACCACGGCGUGAAGGCCGGAAGGCUGCGCAAGAAGGCGCUCGAGCUGUUCGGCCGGCUGACGAGCGUGGUGCCGAACGAGGCAAAGGUGUGGCAGCUGUACGCGCGCCUCUGCAGCGCCGGCCCUGACGCCGACGCCCCCCUCACCCUGCAGAAGGUCGUCCAGUUCCUGCAGAGGGCCCAGCGCUGCGCCACGCAGGCGCCGCACUGGUGCCGCGAGUUCGCCACUUGCAACGACGCGGUCCAAAUUAUGCUCAGCUUGGCACAAACAUGUUUGGAUUUAUGCGGCAACUAUUCGUCGCCUGCAGACUGCGUGAAAAUCCUCGCAUCGCCAAGGCUUGCGAUGAAAUCGAUGCAGACCAAAAUCAAAAUGGAACACGAAGACGCCGUGACAAAGGAAUUGCACAAAGAAGUGGCCGACAGCUACGUCAAACUCUCAGAAAAAUUGGAGGAAAUCGUGGCCAGAAAUAACGAGCUGCUGGCCGCUAGUUCCUAACAAGUACAGAUUCUAUUUAAUUUUUCAAUAAUAAAAAUCGCAAAAUGCAUUGUUUCAAAUUUAAAUAAAGUAAAUCCGAAUUUUUAGACAAAAUUC